CGCGCGGCCAUGGCGCGGAAGUGGAGCCUUCCUCUGCUCCUAGUGCCGCUCCUGCUCGGCCCAGGCCUCGCGCGCAGCUGCAGCCCUCUGCCCCUGGUCCUCAACACCUGGCCCUUUAGGAACGCGACCGAAGCAGCGUGGAGGACGUUAGCAUCUGGAGGCUCUCCCUUGGAUGCAGUUGAGCAGGGCUGUGCUGUGUGUGAGAGGGAACAGUGUGACGGUACCGUGGGCUUUGGAGGGAGUCCUGAUGAACUUGGAGAGACCACACUGGAUGCCAUGAUCAUGGACGGCACUACAAUGAACGUAGGAGCAGUGGGAGGUCUCAGACGAAUUAAAAACGCUAUUGGUGUGGCACGGAAAGUUCUGGAACAUACAGCACACACGCUUUUAGUGGGAGAGUCAGCCACCAAGUUUGCUGAGAGUAUGGGCUUUAUCAGUGAGGAUUUAUCUACUAAUACUUCCCGAGCCCUUCAUUCAGAUUGGCUUGCUCGGAAUUGCCAGCCAAAUUACUGGAGGAAUGUUGUGCCAGAUGCUUCAAAAUACUGUGGACCUUACAAACCACCUAGUAUCUUAAAGCAAGAUGGUCCUACCUAUAAAGAAACAGGAGAUAAUUACAGUCAUGAUACAAUUGGCAUGGUUGUAGUCCAUAAGAUGGGGCGUACUGCUGCUGGUACAUCUACAAAUGGUAUAAAAUUCAAAAUACAUGGUCGAGUCGGAGAUUCACCGAUACCUGGAGCUGGUGCCUAUGCCGAUGAUACCGCAGGAGCAGCCGCGGCCACUGGGGAUGGGGACAUCCUGAUGCGCUUUCUACCAAGCUACCAGGCUGUAGAGUAUAUGAGAGGAGGAGAAGAUCCGACCGUAGCUUGCCGGAAAGUGGUUUCAAGAAUUCAGAAGUACUUUCCAAACUUCUUUGGGGCUGUGAUAUGUGCCAACGUGACCGGAAGUUAUGGUGCCGCUUGCGGCAAACUUGCAACAUUUACUCAGUUUAGUUUCAUGGUUUAUAAUUCUCUGCAAACUCAGCCGAGUGAAGAAAAAGUAGACUGCAUCUAAUCCUUCUCGUCUGUCAACAUCUCUGUUUAAAGAAAGAAACAGGCUGAAGAGGUCACGUACCGUCCUCGUCUCACGUGCCUCGUGUAUCCUGCCUUCUCCGUGUAAGAGAAGCACAAAAAUAAACGUGCGCUGAAUUAGCA